ACGGCACUGAGGCCCAGGUGGAGGUGGCAGCCGGGCCCCGUUCCCUGUUGGUCCUGUCGUCUGUCAGUGGAGCUCAGUCAGCAGACAGUCGGUCGGUCCGGUCAGCUGGUUCCGUCUAUACGGUGUUCGAGAGCUUCCUGAUGGUAAGCCGAUCGUGAUUAUCCACCCGAUGAUAUAGGACCUGGUAAUCGAGCCUCGAUCAUCAAGGAGUGGAGACAAAUUCAGCGGCCCGCGCGCCGCAUGUGCGCGAGUGUGCAGCUUCUCCACCGGAAACACCAACUGCACGGUGCGAGGUAAACCGAACGAUAAGAAGAGUCGACGGUAGAAACCGAAAACGAGGAAGAAGAAGAUAGAAACGCGGCGUGGAACGACGUUGUACACCUGGUCAGGCAGGAAAUGACUAUAUCGUACGCGAGCGAAGUGCCAAACGGCUCCAGCUUCGGCUGCUUCUGGAGGAUCCUGGUCAAAUGGCGGGGCUCCGUAUACAAGCUAAUUUGGCGAGAAUUGCUGGCCUACCUGUUCGUCUACUACGUCAUCAAUCUUACGUAUCGAUAUGCACUCAACGAGCACCAGCGGGUAAUCUUCGAAAAGAUCAGAUACUACUUUGGGAACUCCAGUGACUCGAUACCGAUGUCGUUCGUGCUGGGAUUUUACGUGAGCCUGGUCGUGAAGCGAUGGUGGGAGCAGUACAAAUUAUUACCCUGGCCGGACAACUUAGCUCUAUUUAUCAGCGCCGCGAUUCCAGGAAAUGACGAGAGAGGGAGACUGAUGAGGAGAAACAUCGUGAGGUACGCCGUCCUCGCGUAUGUCAUUACGCUGCAAAGGAUUUCGUUGCGCGUUAAAAGGCGAUUUCCGACGCUUCAGCACAUCGUAGACGUUGGUCUGAUGAUGGAGUCUGAGAAGAAAAUCUUCGAGAUGAUGAACAAAAAGGCGGCGAUGUCCAAGUAUUGGAUGCCGCUGGUGUGGGCGACGAACAUCAUCAACAGGGCCAGGAGGGAGUCCCUGAUAACCAGCGACCAAGUAGUGCAGACCCUCCUUGUCGAGCUCAGCGACAUCCGGAAGAGGCUUGGCGCGCUUAUUGGUUACGACACUGUUUGCGUUCCUCUUGUUUACACUCAGGUAGUCACACUAUCGCUGUACGCGUACUUCUUCUCCGCCCUGCUCGGCAGACAAUUUAUCGAGCGUAUCGACAAGGGAAGCGGGAAAUACGAGGAACCCGACAUGUAUUUUCCAUUUUUCACGGCCCUGCAGUUUUGUUUCUACGUGGGAUGGUUGAAAGUCGCCGAAGUGUUGAUCAAUCCAUUUGGAGAGGACGACGACGACAUCGAGUUGAACUGGCUUAUAGAUCGACACAUCAAGGCAGGGUACAUGAUCGUCGACGAAAUGCACGAGGAGCACCCAGAAUUGCUGAAAGACCAAUACUGGGACGAAGUCGUGCCCAAAGAUUUACCGUACACGGUGGCCAGCGAGCAAUAUCGACGAGAAGAGCCGAAGGGCUCCGCGGAACACUAUAAGGUCAAAGAGAGUGACGCUCUUUAUGCAAACGUGAUGCUGGGUACGCAGAUCCACAACCACGUUCAGCAUCGCAAGCCCCACCAGGAUGACAUGUAUGCCGAUUACGAGAGCGUCGAUACUCCGUUAGUGGAGCGGAGGAAAAAUUGGCUUCAGCGACAGAUCACGCGAAUGGGCUCUGUGCGCAGUUCUUCGACCACGUACAGCAGCGGCGGUGGUUUCUUCUCUCGAAAUCGUCACAACAGCGUCUACAGCAGUCCUGAAACCGGGGGAUUGCCACAGACGAAUAAUCCGAAUUGGAAAAUGUCGCUUUACGACCGACUAGUGGGUCGGAAGAGCAUUCGAAGUCAACGAAUGGGUCGACAAGGCACGAUGACGAAGCCUAACUCGGUGCCCGUCUCCCUGAAGAACAGACCCCGCAUACCAACACCGGACGUGACGAAAGAAAGUGGCGACCGUGAGCAGAGAUUAGCUCUGUCGGCGACGAAUGCUGCGAACAUCGGCGCCGGCGUCGUGGGAGUGAUACCGGCGAACGGCCAUUAUCCAACGGACCUGUCGGUGGUGCAGGUGGUGCUGUCGCCUAUUCAAGAAGCUGAGGGUACUCCCGUGUCAGGGAAGUCCGGGGCAGCCGCCUUAGCGCAGGCUGUACUCUCUCCGACUCUAACCAGCGCUGGCUUGGUGGCUCCGGUCACCUUGACACCGGUCACGAUGAGUCAAUUAACGCAAUUAGGCUUAGUAACGACGACCUCCGCGUCGAUGCUGAAGCCUAACAACCAACCCACCAGCAUCCAAGCGACUUUAACAGAGGUGAACAGCAGCGAGGAGGAAGGUUCCGGCAGCGGCAGUAGCAGGAGCGGCAGUAUCGCUGGACAAGAAGAACGAUCCACGCCAUUGAUCAGCCCCGACAGGAGCACGCCGUUGAUCGGAGAGACGAACAGUCGUUUGGGUAGCAACGGCAGCUCGUCAACCUUCGACAGCUACAACGACCGCUCGCCUAUUUUGAUGAGCCCAGAUAAGUUAGGCUACGUAGUCGCCGCGGUACCGGCUACCAAUCAAAAUGGCAAAGUUUCGACAGAUCCACGAGGCAGGCGAUCAGCUUCCUUGCCUGGUCCUCCUCUGCUGCUGCCUAGAGAGGACAGGAGCAUGUCUUUGCCUCACUCGCCAGGUCUUCAGCCUAGAGAGACUCGCGCAGCUUCCGUCUCCCAUGGCCCCGAUCCUCCGACCAUCGACAGGCUCCUGGUGCACUGCAUGCAUGACACGCGCCCCAGGACAAGCAGCAUCGGCCACGAUCUCUGUAGAGCCACUCACUGUACCCAGGACACCUCGAGGAAGAUCAGCAGCGUGUCCUGCACCAACGCCUCUCUUGCAGGUGGACUCGGAGCGUCGCCCGCCACGGCGACCACCAUCAAACCUGCCAACGGACCUGGAGCAGGCAGUAAAAGGGGAGAGGUGUACGUCUGACCCGAGUCACUGGCGAGUAACGUCGUGGACUAUUUUCUAUCACGUUCGAGUUAUUCGUAACUCGACGACUCGGAUUACUUGCCUGACCAUUCGACUCCGUCCGUCAUCGCGGUGACUUCACGAGGUGACAGCAGAAAGGAUAACGUGGGAUUUCGAUCGUCGAUCGAUCGUGCAUGA